UUCUUGAAUUUCGUGCUCUAAUGACGUUUCUGGCCAGAGCGAUCAGAUCGUGCGCUUGCUGCAAAGACUAGGGUGUCGCCACCGUCGCUUGAUAGAAACAGAAUCGGGUACGUACUCGCAGUUUUUUCGAGGCCUGUCAUUACCUUUACGUCGCACCCGACAGUAUCCAUAGCACUCUGCCGAGUGACGCACACUGCUGUAUCCCUCAGUUCAUCUGCAGGAUGGCGGACAACGUCGUCGCCGUGCUAUUUAGCUACCUCGAUCGAGUGUCACAACAGGAUCUUUUGUCGCUGGACGCCGAGAACAUAGAAGGGCUACCGCGGCUCGGCAGCCUGCUGCCAGAAACAGCCGUCCGAGAAUUCCAGCGCAUGCUCACAGAUAGUGGCAGCACGAGUCAUUUCUUGCAGCGUGUCGCCUGGCUCAUGUGUUGGCUGAUGGAGCGGAACAAGAUUCGCCCAUGGCUGCUCUACCGUUUCGGUGCCUCAUUCUUGCAGGCCAACCACGCCUCGCUUCUGGAGGUCGUGGCGAGUAUACUCAAGCCUCCCGGUUGCCGUAUGACAAUUAAAGUGAGGCACCGAGGAGGAGCCUACUACGCCUGCAUGAUAAACGGUUGCACGUCUCCAGUCUGCGUGGGCAACGUAGUUAUGUGCUUGGUCUUCUGGCACGGCCAGUCGUUCGCGGCCGCGUAUGUUGGCCGAGUCGCCCACCAGCGCCAACUCGCGGACGCCCUGCAUUACGCCCUCAACGGCGAAACCGUGGAACUCUUAGAAGGCCUUCACACAGACCUCGGAGCCGCGUUUCGUAUGGGAUGCCGAAAUUUGAUCAAUUCAGUCACCUAUCGCAGAGCUGCUCGCCUGACUGUCGGUGAAGAGUAUUUCGUGCCACAACAGCAGCAUUCCAAUGUACCCGGCAGGCACCCAGGCGGAUUUCUAUGACGAACGGAAAAAAAGGGCGCAUGGCGGCGAUUGUUCGAGCACCGUAUCUGCAAGCAGGAACUUGAAAUGGUACAGGCCGUGCCUCACGGCUGAUUUCCAGAAGGCAGCCUGCAGUGGUUCCAGGGCAAGACUUGUCAAGCGCCGGGCGCCGGAUAACUCAUUUUCGCCACGGGUGCAAGGAUAGCUCUUGACAAGCAAAUUGCACUGGCGGACCGCUACCGGAAAGACAGCAGAUUUCACACGGCGCGGCUGGUGUACGUUCUUUGUCAACAGCUUCGAUACGGCGUGGAAUUGUGACCGCAAUUGCUUUGACGCGGCCUAUUGCAGAAUACCGUGGAAGGUGAACUGCACUAUCCAAGCCAGACACUAGCCUUAACAGGCCGGUUCCCUUCUGCGCCCUUCGAACAGCAAGACGCGAUUCAAGAGCGCUCCUGAUAAAUGUGUGGGGUUCGCGCGCGAGGUGGGUAUUUGUGACGUCGCCGCGAAGAUAAGCGGCAAAAAAAAUUGUGAAUGUGACAUGAAUGACGCCAGCAUUCGUAUGCUUACUAGCUGUUUUCAUCAUUGACAAAAAAAUAAAAACAAUUUUAUUACAACCAUGAAACUGUCGCACACAUUGUGUGGCGAAUGCUCAAAUUUGCGAGAUUUAUUGUUGCAAAGCGACAACUAAUCUUCCUGAAAGGUAUUACUGCAUUGCAAGGCAAGUCCCUAUCACUGACGUUAUCGCGCAGGCGUAUUUUUUUUUACAGCGAAGCUCUAUAUGCAUAGUUGGAUAGCUCUGAUAAACAAUGUGUCCGCGGGAAAGAACCGUGUAGAACGGAACCAAAUGUAUAGUCGUCCAACCAUAGAUAAAAAUUCAACAAGA